AUGUCUCCGCCACCAAAGAUUGACGAGUUGAUGAAAAUCGACCCGUAUUUGAACGAUUUUCGAGGAGAGAUAUCGCGUAGAUAUGGGGUAUUUGAAGAGUAUCACAAGAAAAUAGAAGAGUGUGGUGGCAUUGAGCAAUUCACAACGGCUUAUCGCGAGUUUGGAAUCAAUGUACAGCCAGACAACUCGAUCAAAUGUUUGGAGUGGGCGCCAGCUGCUGAGAAGCUCGCCCUUGUCGGAGACUUCAACAAUUGGGACCAGAAUGCCCAUGUUUAUAAAAGGGAAGAGCACGGAAAAUGGAGUUUGACGAUUCCCGCGAAAUCGGAUGGAUCGUGCGCCAUAGAUCAUCUGUCAGUUAUCAAAAUCGCUGUGACUCAUCAUGGCGAGACGAAGCUGAAACUCAGCCCGUGGGCGACGUAUGUGACAUGUCCAAGACCAAAAGAGACGGUCAUUUAUCACCAGGAAUUCUACAACCCACCAACUCGUUAUCAACUCACUCAACCACGCCCAAAAAAGCCUGAAUCGUUGAGAAUUUACGAGGCUCAUGUAGGAAUCUCGAGUCCUGAAGGGAAAAUCAAUUCGUACCGCUCGUUUGCCGAUGAUGUGCUGCCGAGAAUCCACAAACAAGGCUACAAUACAAUUCAGCUUAUGGCCGUUAUGGAGCAUGUUUACUACGCUUCGUUUGGAUAUCAGGUUACCAGCUUCUUUGCGACGUCCAGUCGUUGCGGAACACCGGACGAUGUGAAAUACAUGGUCGAUAAAGCGCACUCGUUGGGAAUCACAAUGCUUCUUGAUGUGGUUCAUUCGCAUGCUUCGAAAAAUGUCGAGGAUGGUUUGAACCAAUGGGAUGGAUCAAAUGGAGGGUAUUUCCAUGACAACGCGAGAGGAUACCAUAAUUUGUGGGAUUCGCGCCUCUUUGAUUAUACCCAAAUUGAGACGCUUCGCUUCCUUCUAUCAAACUUGCGCUGGUGGAUUGAAGAGUUUGGGUUUGACGGCUUCCGAUUCGACGGUGUCACUUCAAUGGUCUAUCAUUCGCACGGAAUGAACGACUCAUUUGCUGGAGGAUAUCCAAUGUAUUUUGGAUUGAACGCCGACACCGAUUCACUCGUCUAUUUGAUGCUUGCCAAUGAUUUUCUUCACAAGAAAUUCCCGAACAUGAUCACAAUUGCCGAAGAAGUUUCGGGAAUGCCGGGAAUGUGUCGUCCUGUUGAGGAAGGCGGUCAGGGAUUCGACUAUCGUCUUGCCAUGGCCAUUCCGGAUAUGUGGAUAAAAAUUUUGAAGCACACCCAAGACGAGAAUUGGAAGAUUGGAGAUAUUGUGUUCACGUUGGAAAAUCGCAGAUAUGCGGAGAAGCAUGUCGCGUAUGCUGAAUCGCACGAUCAGGCGCUUGUUGGUGACAAGACGAUCGCGUUUUGGCUCAUGGACAAAGAGAUGUACGACUUCAUGUCAGUUGAUUCGCCAUUGACUCCGAUCAUUGAUCGUGGAAUCGCACUUCAUAAGCUCAUUCGUCUUAUCACGAUGGGACUUGGUGGCGAAGCGUGGCUCAACUUUAUUGGAAAUGAGUUUGGUCAUCCGGAAUGGCUCGAUUUCCCAAGAAUCGGAAACAAUGAGUCGUUCCACUACGCCCGUCGUCAGUUCAAUCUUGUCGAUGCCGACUAUUUGAGAUACAAGUUUUUGAACAAUUGGGAUCGCGAAAUGAACAAGUUGGAAGAGAAAUCUGGAUUCUUGCACAAGGGAUAUGCUUACACUUCUUGGAAGCACGAUGGUGAUAAGAUUGUCGUGUUCGAAAGAGGAGGUCUUCUCUUCAUUCUCAACUUCCAUCCAACGCAGAGCUUCCCGGAUUAUUCGGUUGGAGUUCAUGAGCCAGGAGUAUACCAUGUUGCUCUGAAUAGCGACGAUGAACAGUUUGGUGGACAUAAGCGUGUCGAUUCGAACUCGAAGUAUCACACAUUCAAUGAAGGAUAUGCUGGAAGGCGUCAUCGUCUUCAAGUCUACAUCCCGUGCAGGACCGCUCUCGUCCUUGAAUUGGAUUAA